AGAGAACAGUAUGUUAUCGUAGGCUGGAUGACAGGAGCUCCAUUUUGUUAUUAUACACAAAUGUUUUAGGCUGACUACAUCUUCUGGCAACAAGCUGCCGAUCCUUUAGCUGUGAGACGAUCUUCUGUUCAGACAGAAUAACAGUCAGAUGAACAACUGAACAACUUUUCUCCGUCCCUCCUGUGCUCUCCUCCACUGCCGUAUCAUCCUGUUCCUCCUGCUCGCGGUUGUGUCAUCGCCCGUUCCUUCUUCAUUGCCAUAUCCACUCACUCUUUGAUUGUUGCAUGUCAUUCAUAUCCGUCUUUUUUUCCCUUUAACCUGUGUAACUGAGUAAGAUCUCAUUGUAGAGUUUCGAUAAACGGUCGUACAUCAGUUGAGUCACGGCUUCAUCCAGUCAGAACCGUUCCAGAUCAGCUGCAUCCUUUUGGGAUGCUUAAGGAAGGGCCGGCAAGACCACUAGCAAGCCUGCUAUCGCUCACUCACCAGCCUUCUAGUGCACAUAGCCUCGUUAUGGGAUUUGAUAUCAGCCACAGGUAUAGGACUAAAGUUGUUUUAGAGUGAGAAAUAGCAAAGGGAUACGAAUGUGGAUGAGAAGGAAAAUAGAGAUUGACGAGGCAUUAUCGGCGGCAUCUGCUUUGGCACAGAGCUCAUCUGAAGUUGGACACCGACAUGAAGAUGAACAAAAUCACAGCAAAGAAGAGCAGAUGAUGUUUAAAGUGGGUUUAAAGAAAAGAAACGUCGCUUUUAUUUAUAGAUUGUCUAAUCACUCAGCUUCUGUUUCGCCUCAAAAGCAAAGAAGGUCAGUGAUUAAAGUCAAUUUUUAGGUAAGAUAAAAGAAACAUACAUAUAACCUGCAAUGAAACAUCAUCAAAUGCAGCAGCGCUGAAGGGCGUGGAUAGAGUCAGAGCGAGGUGUUCUCAUUGGUAAGAGCUCUGCUGCACUUAGCUGUUUCCUAGGCUGCUGCUACCAGCGACUAUUCCCCACAGCUCUCUGUGUUUCUGCUCACUGCACACUCCUCCAUUCCAUUGUACGUGCCCGCUGUGGCUCAGAUAAUGGCCUCUCGCGCUGCACACACUGACGAGAGAGGAGAUGGAGGGGGAGUCUACACGAGAGGGAGGGGAAUGGAGGGAGGGAAGGUGGGGGCUGAGAGGAGAAGCCGACUGCAUGUGUAGUCAAGUGAAAGAAAGAGGAUAUUGAAAAAGGGAAGGGAGGAGCAGACAUAGAUAAUGAGAAAGGAAAAAGGAGAGAACAGAAAGAUUUGGCUUUAAGAAGAGCCAAGAGAAUAAGAAACGUGUGCUCCGUGACGGGGGAGGUGUGGGUUGUGUGUGCGGUGGACUGCGUGAGUGUGUGUGAAUAUGUGCAUGUGUGUUUUGGUGCUUUCCGUGUCUGUGCACUGCACUGACAAGAAGGAAUAAGCCAAGAAUCGGACCAAACGUGGAUCGAUUGCUUAUGCACUGCUGUGCCAGCAACCAAGUCUAAUGCUCCCCUCUGUCGCCUCUUCUUUUCUCUGUUUUUGGACUGGCAGCUUGGUCUGGACAUCUAGAACGGAAUUAUUCACAAAGCCACUUCAGUGGAUGGCCCCAGAAGUGGAGGCCAGAUGGAAAUUGGUUCACAUGAUCGCCUCCAGGAAGGCGAGUUGAGCCUUGAAUUGGCCAAUGGAGUGAGCCCCUACCCUAAUGAUGAUAAGGCAGCUAUGGAAACAAAACAGCAAAGGGCAGGAAGUGGGCCUCCAAGGCAAUGCUGGGUGCCAGGACGUGGUAAGGUCAGUGACACCCAAGAGCAACCAUGUUGGAGCAACAGCAGUGGUAGGACCUCCAGUGAACUGGUCCACCACGCAGACAUGGAAGAUGCCCACAAUCUAGUGGCUUUUUCUGUUACUGCUAGCACUUUGCCACCUUCUUCCUCGACUUCUUGCCACCUGGUUGAAGCUAAGAUAGCCCAGCUGUAUGAAAAGUUUACCCUGGAGACAGGUGGUGAUGGGGCUCAUUCCAGAGUGUUUGCAGGGGUGCCUGAGGGAAACUGCCAACCUCCAGAAGACCUUCAUACCUUACAGACGGCACUGGACCAGGCCAAACAUGGGCACAAGCCCCCCAACUGUAAUUGUGAUGGGCCUCAUUGUCCAGACUACCUUGAGUGGUUGGAAAAGAAGAUUAAAUUAGCAACUAAAGAGGAUCAAAGCUCCCAGAAAAUAGCUGAUGGUGCUCCACACUUACUGCAACCCAAUUUGCAGCAUCACCCUCAGACCUACCAUCAGAUUAAUGGUGCUCAUCAUAUGUCUAAUUCAUGCUCCAAGCAGCAGGAGACAACUCAAGUGCCCUGUUCCAAACCUAUUCCGUGCUCCCCCCAGGUGCUUUCCUUAGUCAAAGAGAAAAAUGUCAGUCUUAAAACAGCAAUUGCCAUAGAUGCUCUGACUCAGUUAUCUGGCUCCAAUCCUCAAGCAAUCAGUUCUUUGGGCCAAGCGCUGUUCAAAAAUAGCUUCCAAAAUCAACAACACACCGAGAAUGUCACACCUGGUGCGAUCCCAACCUCUUUGACUAACAACUCAUCGUCUCGCUCACAGUCUGUUCCUCCAGGAGUGCAUACAAACCAGCAGGUCCCGUCAUCGUCAUAUGAACACCACAGACCCCAAUCCCAGGGCCAUCAAACCCAUGUUACACCUUUCCCAUCCUCUACCUCUCCUUUCCCAGGUCAGGGGAAAUCUACAGCUUUCGGUUCAAAUCUCCAGCGGCUGCAGCAAGGCUCUGGCAGGGAAGUUGAGCAGAGGAAUCCAUGGAUAUAUAUGAGGUCUGAGACCGAGCUCCACUUUGCCACUGCACCUCACAAUAAGUUGGACCCUAUGUCAGAGCUUAAACAGCUGCUUGGUGACACCAGUACUGGACUAAAGAAUACCCCUUUUAAGCUUCCGGCCACACAACCGCUCAACAUGAAUCAGAAUGGGGGAAUGCAAGGUCAAGAGAGCCCAGCACUGGCCAGCAUAAAGCAAGAGUUAGAUGCUGGUGAUCAUUACCAUCACUUAGCUUCCAUGGGGCAAUAUGGUUUGUCUAAUGGUCAACAGCAGGCUCAGCAUUAUCCUGGUAAUUUGUUGUCUCCUGGCCAAGCAGCUAUCAGUCACUCCACUCAGGCAGCUCUGCAACACCACCUUCACUACAGGAGGAACCUCUUUCCUACUCACCCCUCUGGUUUUGGACUACCAGGCACCCAUGCAUCAAUGGCUUGCCAAAACCUAAAGAAAUGGUGGCCACAGGUGGAUGCAGAAGGUUUGCCUCUUCUGCCAAUCAAACCAGAACCUAAGGGACCCAAAAAGAGGAGAAGCAGCCAAGGAUCUCCUGCCGUUAAAACAACGGGUGGGAUGAUGUUGGGCCCUCCCCUCCCCAAACCCAAACAGAUAAUCAUCAAAAAAACUAAGCAGAAAGCCUCCAUGCCAACCUUCCUGCCUCAAGCUCAAAUAACUGUACAAAAAACACCUGUCCAUGUGAUGGACAGCUCCCCAGCUCUGAACAGUCUGCAUGCAGGCACUCUCCCCCCUCUGCCCCCCCUCGGUAACUCCACUCAGGCUACUGCUGCAGGUCUCCCUGCCCCAGUCCAAUCUCAGGUAUCCGUUUGCGACACCUCAGUGACUUCCUCUUCCACUGUUUCUGUUGCAUCAGAACACACUCCAGCUCUCAUGAAUCGUGUGUCCCAACCUGUGGCUUCUUCAGCCCCUGUUGCAUCAGAAGGAGCAGGCAUGAGCCAGACCUCCACUAACACCAGCAACACCACACCUGUGACCUCCACAUCUUCAUCCAACACUUCACAACUACAAAAUCUUAUCAAUAUAGUUCCAAAGUUCGAAGAACUGAUCCGCCAGUUUGAGGCUGAAUUUGGAGAGUUGGCUUCUGAUGCGUCUACCAGUCGGUUCAAGGGUGAGACUGCUCCAACCCCUAAGCCAGGAAAUCAAUCCCCGAACAGUCUUCAGGACCCCAGUAACUCAUCAUCUCACACCUCCCAGUCAGUUCCCUCUGUUCCCACCACCCAAGCCAGCUUUACACCUCAUUCACAAGACCAGGAGAUGAUAGUCAACAAGCAUGAGUCAGGUACUCCAAAGGAUGCAACAAUGAGCCAGGCACCCUCGGAGAGUCCCAUGGAAACGAAAAGGGAAAGACCUGUUGAUGUUUCUCAGAACCAAGAAACCAUUAUGGACAAGCAGAAGCUGUCUCGAAUGUUAGAGGAUGCGUUCAGCAUGCAAGGCUCUCCGCUGCCAAAAAGAGUUAAAUUGGAAACUUCGGGGGAUUUAGCAGUACUGUCAACCACCUGCUAUUCUGAGGAGGACACACCAACGAAGGAUGGUUUACACUCUUCUCCAUCUCUUAGAGGCUUUCUAGAGUCCCCUUUACGCUACUUAGACACCCCCACAAAAAACCUGCUGGAUACUCCUUCCAAGGACCAAGCAUCAGAUUUUCCAACCUGCACCUGCGUGGAACAAAUCCUGGAGAAGGAUGAAGGACCCUACUACAACCACCUGGGAUCUGGACCUACUGUAGCUUCCAUACGAAGCCUCAUGGAAACGAGGUAUGGGGAGAAGGGGGAAGCGGUACGGAUUGAAAAGGUGGUGUACACCGGCAGAGAGGGGAAGAGCUCCCAUGGCUGUCCUAUUGCCAAGUGGGUGAUCCGUCGUGGCAGCGAGAAAGAGAAGCUGCUGUGUCUGGUGCGUCACCGUGCUGGUCACCACUGUGCCAAUGCCGUCAUCAUUGUUGUGAUUUUGGCCUGGGAAGGCAUCCCGAGAGCCAUGGCCGACAAGCUGUACCACGAGGUUACCGACACCCUCACAAAGUUCGGCAACCCCACCAGCCGACGCUGCGGCCUCAAUGAUGAUCGUACCUGCGCCUGUCAAGGCAAGGACCCUGAAAUGUGUGGCGCUUCUUUUUCGUUCGGUUGCUCCUGGAGUAUGUACUUUAAUGGCUGCAAAUACGCCAGGAGUAAAAUGCCCCGCAAGUUCAGACUACAAGGAGAUCACCCUGAAGAGGAGGAUAAACUCAGGGAUAACUUCCAAAAUUUGGCAACUGAGGUGGCUCCUUUGUACAAGCGACUGGCGCCACAGGCAUACAGUAACCAGUGCAUGGCUGAACAAAAAGCUCCAGACUGCAGGUUGGGUUUAAAAGAGGGCCGUCCAUUUUCUGGAAUCACUGCUUGUAUGGACUUCUGUGCCCAUGCUCAUAAGGACCAACAUAAUCUUCAUAAUGGGUGCACAGUGGUGUGCACUUUAACUAAAGAAGACAACCGAAAAGUGGGGGAAAUCCCUGAUGACGAGCAGCUCCACGUGCUGCCCCUUUACACGAUAUCAAAAACAGAUGAGUUUGGUAGUGAAGAGGCCCAGUGCAUGAAGAUGCAGAACGGAGCCAUUCAGGUGCUUCAGACUUUCCGUAGAGAGGUACGCAAGUUACCCGAGCCCGCCAAAUCUUGCCGACAGCGCCGGUUGGAGGCCAAGAAGGCUGCCUCAGAGAAAAAGAAAAGUAAACUCAUGCAGCAAGCAGGGGAGACCCCAGAGAAAGCUGUGGUCAAGGCUGAGCUCCGAAUCACAAGUUCUCCCCUUCCCCAAGGCAAUAAAGAAAUUAUGAAACAGGAGGUGAAGCCCAAAAUCAAGACAGAAGAGCUCAAUGGAUCAAUCGAUGGGUAUCCCAUGCAGGCAGCAGAACCACAUAAAAACAUCUAUCAACACCCUGCUUUCUAUGCAAGGGGAACACAUUCCCCAGCAGGACAGCCCUCUGCGCUUGAUGCAGUGAACGGCUACCAUCCCAGUCUGCCCACAAUGCCAUAUGGCUACUACAACUACCCACCCAAUGCACUUUUCCCACGUAAGAUCAAGACCUAUGAAGGUCGAAAUGGUUCCUUGCUCAAAACGAGCUGUAAAUCUGCCCAUACUGACAAAAAGCCUGACUUACAGAGCCUUCAGGCCAGACUGCCUCAGUCCGCCGUCAUCCACUCAGAACAAACUAACCAACCAAAUCACAGUGCUUACAAUGAGGAUUCAGAAUACAACCCAUCCCGUCCUCCUUCUGUCUCCUCUGAGUCCUCCAACCGAGGGACACCAGUUAUCAAGCAGGAGCCAAUGGAUGUCCCAGUCUAUGAAGGUGCAUUGCCAAGCCAAACUGGUGCCAACACCUCAAGAACAACCCCCCAACCUGCAGCCUGGCCAGGGUACAAGCUUAAUGGAAGCAUCAUUCCUACCAACUGGGAUGGCCAUCUGAACCAUAGACAGAGUCCUGACGUCUCUUCAUUAAACUCAGAGAAGCACCAGUUUCACCAGCAUUCACAGCAGCGGCAGUCCCCUGCUUACCCCCAGCAGUGGACAUCCUUCCCUUGUUCAAAUCCUACAAUGGCUUCUUUCAAUCCAUCAGUCCAAGUACCUUCCUCACCGCCUCCAUCCCCUCACAUUGGCACAGUACUUCAGGCUAACCUGUACCAAGGCUCCACAUGCCACGCUAGCCCUCAUUUAGGUACACCACAGCCUGGCUCUUCUCUCUCAGGCACGCCAGGCCCGGGCACCCCAGGUCCUAGUACCCCAGGUUCAAUCACCCCAAGACCGAGCACUCCUGGUCCAGGAACCCCUGGCCCAGGCACCCCUAGGCAUUGGCCCAGCCCUGCUCAUAGCCCCCAGCCAAAUGUUUGGAGUGUUGGGUCUGCUGCUUACAGCCCCGGUUUGAAGCACAGCAAUCCUGCAGGAGCUUAUCCAGACAAGAUGUGGUCAAAGACGGGUGAAAAUCGGUGUUCCACCCCUCUUGGGCUCCAAGAAAAGGCAUGGAAGUCUUGUGGUGGCUCAGUGGCUGGCAGCACCCCUUCCCCUGCACCUGAGGGUCGCCUUUUCCCUGAUGCUCUCCAGCAGUCAGAUCAAGCCUUCUGCAACCCCUGCCGAGCUGAGAGUGAUGUUGAGAGCUCCAAGCAUGAAGAUGAAGAAGAGGUGUGGUCUGACAGUGAACACAACUUCCUGGAUCCUACCAUUGGAGGUGUAGCAGUAGCACCGGCACAUGGAUCUAUCCUGAUUGAAUGUGCCCGGCGGGAACUACAUGCUACAACUCCACUUAAAACACCCGAUCGUUCUCACCCCACUCGCAUCUCCCUGGUCUUCUACCAGCACAAAAACCUCAACCAGCCAAUGCACGGCCUGGCUCUCUGGGAGGCCAAAAUGAAGCUGUUGGCAGAGCGAGCCCUGCAGAGGCAACAGGAAGCAGCUCUCCUUGGCCUAUCACAGGAAGAAAUUAAAACACUCGGGAAGAAACGCAAAUGGGGUGCUACAGUGACAGGUUCCAGUCCAGGACCUGGACAAUCUAAAGACAAGAAAGUCGGGCCAGUGACACGGUUAUCCUCCACGUUUGGCACCACCUCUGUGGUUACUGCGUCUCCCUAUGCCUUCACGCGCCUCACUGGGCCCUACAGCCACUUUGUCUGAGACCAGACAGACCAACGGCAACAGACUGGUGCUGUAGACAGAAAGGAGCAGGAGGAAUGUCUCUUUGCUGUUACACAGUCUGGCAUCGCUCCACCCUGACCCCUUCACGGUCCAAAUGGAGGAGGGGACAUUUUUAUUGUUUUUUUUUACCUCAUGUCAGGCAGUGGUUUGGGCUGCAGACACACUGCCUGUGGUGCUCUUUCCCUCUCGUUCCCGGAGAGGAACUCUUUUGCUUUUUCUUGUUCAUAGAAUUUUAAGGAUCCUAAUUGCUAUUAUUAUCAAUAUUAUGGUUGCUAUUGUUACUGUCAACGUUGUUAUUACAGGUAUUAUUAUAAUGAACACUUGUUUUUUUUAUUAUUGCUGUUUGUUAUUGCUGUUUUCAUGUUAUUAUUAAUGUGAUUGUUUUUUGUUUAUUUUCUAAUCAAUCAUCAGUCAGAGUCACCAUUGCUUUACCCAUCACCCUUAGAAACUUGUACCAUCUUUUUCCCGGUUUUUUAAUUUCUUUCUCAUCGUCAGUCUGAAAACUACUGACAGGAGGAGCCAGCAUCUGCACAGGCAGUCAGUAUAACAGAACACAUGAUCAUGACUGUACCCAAAAACAAGACGUUCACCUCAAUCUCAAAAUUUCCAGUUUAUGCUAUCAUGGUACUUCAGUCUAAAGAAAGUUAUUUUAUUGAAAAUGUAAAUAGUAACCAAUCAUGAGGAGACUUCAUUUUAGAAACAAAUCAAUACCUAGAAUAAAAAUGAUUGAUAUGACCCCCCCGCCACCACAGGGAGAAAAACUCACCACCUGUCUUGUGCUUAGAUGGUGCACUCCUCCUGUUAAUCUGCACUCCUCUGGCUUCCGACUGGUGCUCUAAUUCUGGUUCUGAUCUGUUUUUGUUCUGCUACACUUCAUGGCACUCGAUGCUGUUAAGGUGCUCUAACUCGAAUUUGGCUCAAGAAAUGUAUGCAGACAGGUAAAUACUUUUAUUUGAAAUUGGUGGGGGUACCAGAACAAUGUUUUAAAGGUGAGGAGAAUGCUGCUUUUUGCUCUACAUUUUCCUCCUGUGAAACCUGUGGUUCUGGUAUCUUAAAGGCUAAAAUGGCAGCAAGUACUGAGAGACGGUGCUGGUGGAUCUCUUAUCUUCCUACAACUUGUUUAGGGCUGAGCCCUUUCCAGUGUAAACUCUAGAUGGCAGCAGUGUCUGCAACUUCAACAAGCAUGGUGAAGCCCAGUGUUGCUGCUUCAACCACCCAAGGCCAAUAGAGGGACAUUUCACACCCUGUUUGCUGAUUGGUGGGACUUGCUCAAGCAGCUGAAGGCGAAACGUAUGUUUGUCCUGUAGUGGAACAAACGUGGCUGAGUUCUGGAGUUGCAUCUGGGAAGCUGAUUGUGUGUUAUAGCAGAAUGAAAGUGAUUGCUGUACUUUUGGUGCUCCUACACACACUCUGGUGCUGUCCUAUUACACUUGAUUUAUUGUGAGGGGCCCUAUCCUCCCUCUGCAUGGUGCUGUCAUCUUUGAGCAGGCUAGGCGUAUCCUUCCACCUUAUUGCCCAUCAAUGGGGCUGUUCUUGGGUUGCAGCUUUGCUAUUGAUUCUUGUUGAGGGAUUUUUGAGAUUUGUUGUGGAAUAUGAUAACACAGUACACUGUCCAGUGCAAAGGAAGCACAGUCAGACAUCACUUUUCAUAGAGAAACCAUAGAAAAUAACUAGCUUCAGGGAGAAGUUGCCAACUUCAAAUCAGUUAAUCUCUCACUUUGCAUACAAGUAUGUUUACUUGAAAUGACGUAUUUCAACCAUUGUGUGAAAGAGACCAGCCAAAGUGAGAGACUACGUGAUAGCGCUACUUGAGUCCCUUGAAUUCCCCAUUUUUACCUUUCUUUGUGCAGCGUGUGUUGAAAAUGACAAGUGACUGACAGAACUAUAUGAGCAGUUGUUUGGGUCAAGGCCCUUAUGUAAGACUCGGUUACCUCAACCAAGGCCUCCAGCUCUACCUCACGCUGUAGAGACACUGGUCACAGACACAACUUGCUACUGAGGGCAAAAAAUCCUGCAUAGAUAUUCACACUCAUUUUACUAGCGUUUGUUUUUAAAAACAACUCUUAUUUAUUACUACAUUGUGAUUAUGAUAAUGAUUGUUUUUGAUGUUAUGGUUUUCUCUUUUCAUCUUUUUUAUAUAGUUAAUACAAAUUGUACAUAGAGAAGAAAAGAUUUAUAAAAGCACUUUUAAUCUUGAUUUUAAUGACAAAAAGAGCCGAUUAUCGACAACUUGAAGCUUAGUUUUUUGUUGUUUGAUUUCAUUUUCUCAAGAGAGAGAUAAAAAUGUAAAUAUUAAACUAUUUAGGUAAGAUUAUUUAACGGAUGAGAAUAGUAACUAAACCAUGGAUGACAGAGAGGGUUUAUAGAAGUCUCAGACACCCCCUCUACAACACUCGGUCCCAAGGUGUUGUGUAAAAACGUGCUUAGUAACACUGCUGUUUUAUGUUCAGACGUACUGUACCUCUCAUCAACCUUAAAAGAAGAAACAAGCCCAGUUACACCAGGACAUUUAAUACUUAUGAUAGUAACACACCCCCACCAUAGAUGACCACCGCUAAAACAAAAGAACCCCAAUAAUCCACACACAUUCUUCUAAGAACUAUAUACAGUUUUACAAAAAAACCAUGAAGGACUGGAAAUGCCAUUACAAAGAGAGACGUGGUUUGCUGUGCAACUAAGGACAAAUCUAAAUAAAACACGUGUUGUUAUAGGAAGCAGUUUGGGAAUAAUGCCUAUUUGAUUCUGUUCUGACAAGAAAAAACAUUUCAGUUUCAGUUAGUUAAUUCCUGACAUUUUACGUAAGUUACGUGGAUGCAGGCAGAUAGAAGAUUUCAGGAUGUCCCAGAAAAGGCUCUGAACUCCAAUUAACACACUUUAAAGCAUAGAUCAUCCUUUGGAUGAUUCCCGUGUGACUGAGACUUCAUUUUGAGAGCAGAAGGAUGAAAAAGGUGUUGGUUUGUCUCCUGAGUUUCACCACACAGGUGAUUCAGAAGGUGAUGUAGUGAGUUACAGUAUAGCCUGCCAAUCUUGUGUUAGACCAUCAUUUAAGAGACUGCCUCCCUGCUUGUUUAGAUGUUUGUAUAAAUAUUGUCUGACCUAGCUUUGCUAAUAUUUAAGGAUGCACAUGGCAGAGUAUCCAUGAUGCCCCGUGGAAGUUUCUGGAUUUUAGCUUGUAUUUAGUAACUGAACACCUUUGUCAUGGCUAAUAGGAGUUCUACUGGUGCAAUGGCAGGGCCUGUUGUACUUUAAGGAUGAAACUUGGCCCACAUUUUACACACUUCUCUUAAAAAGGAUGCUGAGCAUACUGUGUACAACACAUAUUUUCAACUUUGUGAAUCUCUAAAUGUGUCACAUUUUCUCAAUGGUUCUCAUGAGAGUUGUUAUCUUUUAAUUACAUUCUGAGAUGGGGGGGUGGGUCAACCGGUGCUAUUACAAUUCACUGUGUGAAAAACAAAAACAAAGGAUAAACAAGAACCAUGAAUAUUUUUCUGAGCUCCUUGAAUGUCAAGAAAAUUCAACUUCUGAUUCAAGCAGUUUCAAAGUUCAAGAAGCUGCCCUGGUGCUGACUUUAUGAAAAGUGUUUUGUUACGACGCUACAACUUCACGUCUCUUUGAGGGCAGGAGAGCACUCCUACAGUUGAUUGCAUUCUUUAUUAUUGUUCUUUCCAUAUUAUACUUGAAGUCACUAAACUAGGAUGAGAAGUAGAGUCAAAUCAUAUGAAGACUGUUAUCCAGGUUUCAUAUUUGGUACAGCGCAAGUACCCAAAACUAUUAGAAUGAUCGUUUGAGUAUGUUGUAAAUGUAUAUAUGCGCUGAAUGCUAAAAUAUUUGAACAAUAUCAUAAUUGUAUACUGCCGCCCUCACCCUCUCCCUAGUCAUGCACUUCCUUUACUCACCCCAACCCUUUCUCUUAAACCUUGUAUAUUUUAUCCAACACAAACACAGAAGAACUUGCAUCUCACUUUGUAUGGCCCAAAGUAGAAUAUGUACCACCUAAUUUAUUGAACACUCUCCAGAUGUGGAACUGAGACUUGGACCCUGGCCCAUACACGAGGAUGAAAAUGAGUCUACACAAGUGGCAGCUACAUUCCUUUUUGAGUUGUAGGAUUGUUCUUGUUUCGUUAUUUUCAUGUCAAGGAUGCAGUAUGUAAAAAAGUGUUUUUGUUCAGUCUCUAUCUCUCUCUCUUUGUAGCUGUAUGGUGUAUUAUGUGAAUACAUAGUGUAUGUGGUAAAGACCCCACAAUAUUGUUUUAUGUUGCGCGAUAAAUAAAAAUAUUAAAGUGAAACGUGA